AUGAUUACUUCUGCUGCUGGUCAUUUACUCACAAGCAUUUUCACACGGAGACAUGGGACUGACCAUGAUGCUCCAGAGCAAAUGAAGCCACUUACUGCAGCUGACCAAACCUCUGAAAACUCACUGCCAGCCCACUCUCGCGUCCUACAACCCCAAGAUAGCUUCAGGAGCAGAAGAGACUCCAGCUACUUGCCUUGUUCUCACAGUGAUCCCUCACUCAGUCAAAUAAACAUAGCAAAGAACAGGAACUUUACAAGAGCAAAGAGCUUACCUGACAUGCUGUUAAAAGACAGCUUUGAGGAGUUUAUACCUGAUAUCACUGUUGAUGAAAAUGAGGAAAUCUACAGAUUCCACUGCUCCGGUCCAGGCCUGUACCGGUGCAGUGAGACAGAUCUGAUGUUUCACAUGAAGGGAGAAGGGGACGUGGUUUACAGGAUUGUCCCCUGGAACCACAGACUACUGGCCCAACAUUACAAGAAGCCUGCAGGACCCCUAUUUGACAUCAAAUGUCUCCAGCAGUCUGUGUGUCAGCUUCAUCUCCCACACUGUGAGAUCCGCUCCACAGGUGGAUGUGAAUUCCUGUCAGUUGCUCAUGUGAAUGAUGAGGGCAUCGAGUUUAUUACUCCUCAUAAGAUAACAGAAACUCAUGUCAUUAUAAACAUCACAGAGUUUUCUGGUUUUGGUAAUGUCAAGGAUGAAGACUCUCCUCCUGACCCGGUCCGAGCGCUGGUGCUGCUGUUCUACAGACCUCCAACUGAUCCUGAUCCUGAAUCUGUCCUCAAUGUGUUGUUGCUACCAAAGAACGUUGUGCUGCGUGAUGUGCUGCGUAUGAGGAAGAAGUUAGUUGUAGAUGAGAGGUACAUCGAGACAUCUCCACACUGUAAACUGAUCCCAAAGCAGGAGUACACACUGUCCACUAGUCCUGAAGACGACUCAGUUCUAGUUCAACCAACAGAAGCAGAAUUUGAUGAAGAGUCCUACGACAACUACUUUCCAUCAUUCCAGGUUAAUUUUGAAACAAUCAUGAGAUAUAUGAAGCUGUUUUUGAGAGACACCAACAGCUCCCAAAGUGUCUGGGAAAGACGUGUUUGUCUUUUGUCCACUGGAGUAAGAAAGCCCUGUGGGCAGAGUGCUCUGACUUCCCCUUCUAGUGAGAGACUGAUGGACAUACGGACCUGUUUCAUCGAUGGGAUAUCAGGACCUGUUCUCAAAAGUCUGCUGGAUAAACUGUUUGAGAAAAAGGUGAUAACUGAUCCUGAAUGGGAGUCAGCCGAAAAGAUGCAAAACAAAAGAGACAUGGCUCGUUUUGUCAUCGACACGGUGAGGAAGAAAGGUGAAGCUGCGAGUUCAGAGAUGAUUGAGUUUCUCUGUGAGUUCGACCCCUUCCUCUGUGAACAUCUUGGGUUGAUCUGA